UCUAGAAGCAGUGAAAGGAAAGCAGGAGAAGCAGUGCUCUCUGUGUCUGUGUAUGGAAUAUAGGAUUGCUGCAGGGUAAAAGGGAGGCGGGCACAGAGAUGAGGAGACUGCGACAGAAGCGUGGCUGAUGCAGCAAGUGUCCUGGUGCCUGGCUGGGGGGGAAACCCCAAAGGAAAGGAAUAUCAUAAAAAGAUUAAUCAAGUCAUUCUACGAUGGGCACUGAUACCAUGAUGAUUUUAUAAGGAGCUAAACAGACCAGAAAGGAAAAGUUCAGUUCCGAUCGCACAGAUCAUGAUCGUUAGAUAGCACCCCACACCAUAAUGACCAUGGCUCCCCGGAAAAGGAAUCGCCCUGCUUUGGGGUUUCUUUGCUGCUUUGGGGGCAGUAACCUCCCGGAAAUCAACCUCAAGGACAAUAACCCCCUGCAGUUCCUGGAGUUCUCUGGGCCGAUUCCACCAGCAGAGGAGCUCAAUGCCAGGUUCUCUGAGCUUGUGGAUGAAUUGGAUCUCACAGAUAAGAACAGAGAGGCAAUGUUUGCACUCCCUCCAGAGAAGAAAUGGCAGAUUUACUGCAGCAAAAAGAAGGAGCAAGAAGACCCUAACAAACUUGCUACAAGUUGGCCAGACUAUUAUAUUGACCGCAUCAACUCCAUGGCUGCCAUGCAGGCCCUGUAUGCUUUUGAUGAAGAAGAAACGGAAAUGAGGAAUAAAAUAGUUGAAGACUUGAAGACAGCUCUGCGGACUCAGCCCAUGAGAUUUGUGACAAGGUUCAUUGAGCUGGAUGGCCUGACCUGCUUGUUGAACUUCCUGAAGAGUAUGGAUUAUGAGACGUCAGAGAGCCGCAUACACACAUCCGUUAUAGGGUGCAUCAAGGCUCUGAUGAACAACUCCCAGGGACGGGCACAUGUUCUGGCCCACCCGGAAAGCAUCAAUAUAAUCUCUCAAAGUUUACGGACUGAGAACAUCAAAACCAAGAUUGCAGUGCUAGAAAUCCUCGGGGCAGUUUGCUUAGUGCCAGGAGGUCACAAAAAGGUGCUGCAGGCCAUGCUUCACUACCAAGUCUAUGCGGCGGAGAGGACAAGAUUUCAGUCACUGCUCAAUGAGCUAGACCGAAGCAUGGGGCGAUAUCGAGAUGAGGUGAAUCUGAAAACCGCCAUCAUGUCCUUUAUUAAUGCUGUUCUGAAUGCUGGUACUGGUGAGGAUAACUUGGAAUUUCGGUUGCAUCUACGAUAUGAAUUUUUAAUGUUGGGUAUCCAACCUGUUAUUGACAAGCUAAGAGGACAUGAAAAUGCAACACUGGACAGGCACUUAGAUUUCUUUGAGAUGGUUAGAAAUGAAGAUGACUUGGAACUUGCCAAGAGAUUCGAUGUGGUGCAUAUUGACACAAAGAGCGCCUCACAGAUGUUUGAGAUGAUCAAGAAGAGGUUGAAGCACACUGAUGCUUAUCCAUAUUUACUCUCUGUCCUCCAGCACUGCUUGCAAAUGCCUUAUAAACGAAAUGGGGGAAACUUUCAACAGUGGCAGCUGUUAGACAGGAUACUGCAGCAAAUUGUUCUUCAGGAUGAGCGAGGGGAUGAUCCGGAUAUUGCUCCUUUGGACAACUUCAAUGUCAAGAACAUCAUUAAGAUGUUGGUAAAUGAGAAUGAAGUGAAACAGUGGAGAGAUCAGGCAGAGAAAUUCCGGAAAGAACAUGCUGAACUGAUGAGUAGGCUAGAGAAAAAAGAAAGGGAGUGUGACAUAAAGACCCAGGAGAAAGAUGAAAUGAUGAAGACGUUGAAUAAAAUGAAGGACAAGCUACAGAAAGAAUCUGUGGAGCUACGCCAAACCCGGGACCAAAUGACUGACCUUGUAGCUCAACUCGGUGAAUUCUCGCAAGGGGGUACCAUUUCCUUCACCCCUCCUCCUCAGCUACCUCCGGGUGGUCCAUUUGCUUUGUCUUCUUCUCUGUCAUCUUCUGAAAGCUUGCCACCUCCACCCCCACCUCUUCCAUUCUCCAGUUGCCCCCCUCCACCAGCUCCACCACCCCCUCCAGGAGGACCUCCUCCCCCUCCUGGAGCACCCCCGUUCUUCAACAUGGGCAUGCCUCCGCUUUCCACUACCACCUUCAGUAGCAGUGGGACCAGCCUGAAGAAGAAAUCCAUCCCACAGCCAACUCAUCCACUGAAGUCUUUCAACUGGGCCAAACUGGGUGAGGAGAAAAUACAUGGCACAAUAUGGCACGAAAUUGAUGAUUUAAAGGCAUUCAAGAUGUUGGAUCUGGAGGACUUUGAAAAAAUGUUCUCAGCUUAUCAGAGACACCAGGACCUGCUAACUAACCCUUCCUCCAGCAAGCAGAAGGAAAUGGGAUCAACUGAAGACUUGUACCUCUCCAGUCGAAAAGUCAAAGAGCUUUCUGUGAUUGAUGGCCGGAGGGCUCAAAAUUGUGUCAUCCUCCUUUCUAAGUUGAAACUAUCUAAUGAAGAAAUACGACAGGCAAUCUUGAAAAUGGAUGAAGAAGAAGAUCUGGCUAAAGAUAUGCUGGAGCAGCUGCUGAAGUUUGUUCCCGAGAAGAGCGAUAUUGACCUCCUGGAAGAACAUAAGCAUGAAAUUGACCGCAUGGCCAGAGCAGACCGUUUCCUUUAUGAAAUGAGCAGGAUUGAUCACUACCAGCAACGACUUCAGUCAUUGUUCUUUAAAAAGAAGUUCCCAGAGAGGAUUGCAGAAGCCAAGCCAAAAGUGGAAGCUCUUCUUCUGGCCUCCAAAGAGCUCACCCGUAGUAAGCGCCUGAAGCAGCUCCUGGAGGUGGUGUUAGCCUUCGGCAAUUACAUGAACAAGGGCCAAAGAGGCAAUGCAUAUGGCUUUAAGGUCUCCAGCCUGAACAAAAUAGCAGAUACCAAAUCUAGCAUUGAUAAGAACAUUACACUGCUACACUACUUAAUUAUGAUAAUUGAGAAGAAUUACCUAGAUAUCCUAGACAUGCAGUCUGAACUGCAGCAUCUUCCAGAAGCAGCAAAAGUCAACUUGGUGGAGCUGGAGAAGGAAGUUAACAACAUAAAGACUGGAUUGAAAGUUGUUGAAGCUGAACUAGACUAUCAGAAGAGACGUAUGCGGGAAGCAGGUGAUAGAUUUGUCCCUGUCAUGAGCGACUUCAUCACUGUAGCCAGUUUUAGCUUUUCAGAGCUAGAAGACCUUCUAAAUGAUGCAAGGGAUAAGUACGCCAAGGCGCUCAAGCAUUUUGGAGAGAGUGAGGGUAGAAUGCAGCCAGAUGAAUUUUUUGGCAUCUUUGACACCUUCCUGCAGUCAUUUACGGAAGCCAAGCAAGAUCUGGAGAAUAUGAGGAAGAAGAAAGAAGAAGAGGAGCGCAGGGCACGCAUGGAAGCUAUGCUAAAGGAACAGAGAGAGAAAGAGAGGCGUCAAAAGAAAGCCAAGGCUGGCAGCAUUUCUGAAGAGGGAGGAGGAGAGUUUGAUGAUCUCGUAUCGGCACUGAGGUCAGGCGAAGUCUUUGACAAGGACUUAUCAAAGCUCAAGCGCAACCGCAAGCGUUCAGGGAACCAAAAUUUGGAGACAAGCCGAGAACGGGUGGUAACAAAGCUCAACUACUAAAAGAGGAAGGUGCAAAAAUAAAAAGGAAUCCAUGAAACAAAGACGAUAGCAGCAAAAAGUCAAGAAAGAUGAUGGAGACUGGCAAGUGUCUUUCUGUGAUGAACGUCUUGCUCUUGCCCUCCCAUCGUGCCCUUUUCCUUAUUCACCUAAUCCGAAAUGGUUGUGAAAGUGCCUCUAAACAGCCUGAAGGAUUUUUCACCAAGUUGUUGCUUUCGGUUGAUGUCUCUGCUCCUUAAUAUUGCCCCUGUACGUUAAGUUCAACCAUAAUGGUGAAUGAGAAACCACUGGGACUUCUGAACCAAAUAGAGGUAAAGGGAGGAAGAAUACGGUUUACUCCGUACCAGAUAUAUACAUAAACAUAUUCUCCAUCUUCCUGAGAAGAUGCAAGACAGUAUCAGGCUGGUUCUGAAAACUCCUACUCUUUCUUCAUGGUUCAGCUUGGCCUUUAGGAAUUUAUGGCGGAGUGGUUCUACAGACUUGUUCUUCCACAGGAUUUGCAAAAGGCCACUGAUGGGAGCCUGAGAAAUGCUUUUGGUCUUACGAACGACUACUUGGUGGCCUACAAUAUGCAAAGCAAGUGAGGUUGCGUCAGAGGAAGUCGAUAGAACUGCUUAGCUUGUGGGAUGGAGAAACUGUUUGAAACCUCCAGUUUCUCCCCCCGGAAUUAUUUGAGUCUUCGGGGUGUGCCAAAUAAUGAGAGAGAAUGAAACACACAUUUUGACAAAGAGUUGCCUUGGUAUCUAAGCAAAAGAGACCACAAUUGGUCUGAGCCAGAUUAGUUGUCAUUGCUGAGCAAUGUGGCAGGAAGGUGGGAGCUGGGAAUGGAGCUCUAAGAACCACCCAUAUGCAAAUCUGCAUCUUUUUGUGUUAGCACACACACACAAAAUUGUAAUUGCAAUGGAUAGAGGCAGGAAUUUGAAAAACAGGUAAAUGGAGCUGACUGGUGAUUGGAAAAGGGAAUCCUUUCAUUUACUGGCAGCCAUAAUUUUAUUGGGGUGGACUGGAGCUUGCAGUUUAACAGGCUGGCCUUCUCAGAAGCCCCACCACUCCCAGCAAGUGCUGCACAAUAAUAAUAACAAUAACAAUAAUAAUAAUAAUACACUGCAUCAGUAGGUAGCUGUGGUGUUCAAAGACUUUUCCUUUUGGAAGGGAGUGAAGGAGAAGUCUGCCAAGAAGAGUCAAAUAUAAGAAAGACCCAAAGGUGUGGAUUACCCCAGUGGAUCUUGAAAAGAGCUCUGGAGAUCACAGAUAAUUAAUCCCAAAAUAAUUUGUUAUGCAGUGGAAACUAUCUAACACACAGAGCCAAAACAGAGAAAAAGCCUGCUAAUGGGUUCCUGUUUCUGUGUGGCUUUAUGACUGUACACUUAUAGAAAUAUACGCUGUAAAAUGUCUUUAUUCAUUUUAUUUUUCCUAAGUGAACACUUGGCCAUCUUCCCUCAGGUGAGCAUAGGAAGGAAAGACAGCAAUAAGCUUAUGUGUGAAGCACAGAGAUUGAGGGUCCAACCCACUUUCUGCCAAACGAUUGCAUCCUAAAUGAGUGGGAACUCCUUGGUAUUCUGAGAAAUCUAGAAGAACCUCAGAUUCUCACUGUAAAUACUUGCAUUUGUUUGUCUCCAAAAGGUGUUUAAUUUUCAGGCAGAGUCUGCAGAGCAGAAAAUCCCUGCAUCUUGAGCACCGUCCAGUCAGUAUUCUAUGCAAACAACAUUAGAAAGUUGUAAGGCGUGUUGGUGUUGGUCAGAACAUUUGGAAGAAUGAAUGAAAUGUUCAGAACUCUUUAGAAAAGCCAAACCAAAAUGAAAAAAGAAAACAAAAAGAAAAAAAAACCCACCCAGUCUGAACUCUGUUUUUGUGUGCUGAUUUUUGAGUCUCUCACCUCCUGAAUUAUUCUCUUCAUGACAUUCCAGAACAUGGCACUUCUGUUGUACUCUCUUAUUGGACAGCUGGUUACCUUUCAAGAAAUGGAUUCAUUGCUCUCCAUUACUGUGGCUUCCCUUUGAGGAGACCUCAUUUAAAAGAGAACCCCUCUGCAAAAAGCACAAGCGCCUUUUAAAAAGGAACUUUUUGUUUGCUUUAAUUUUGUAAAACUUUUUGGAAGGUUUAUACAUCUAUAUGUUGGGGGGUAUUUUUCACAAAUGUUAAAAUAGAUGUUUUAUAAGGGGGGGGGGAGUAAAUGCUAGUUCAGGCUCCUUUCUGCUCUCCAUAGUAGAGAUAUGGUACUCCCUGCUCAUGCCUUUUAGGUUGCAGUGUGGAAGCCAUAAAAAAAAGAAGUGUCUCCCACAUUGUGUCUCCCACUAUGUGCCAUAGUGGGAGACAAGUGGCUUUAGUCUGCCAUAAUCCCCAAGAUAUCAGUUUUUCGUAAAGUUUAGAUUUUCUCCUGUAAACAUUCUUUCUUUUCUUGCUUGCUUGCUUAGUUUCAAGCAGUGCAGAGCCUGUCACAGGCAUUUGUUACAAGGAAGAAAUCCCAAUCCCAUUAGAGAUCCUGGUGUAUCCAUACCACUCUCCCUAACUGCAGGAAGAAAACUCAUCUGAUUCAGCCUAUACCACAUACAUAUAUUUGAAUGUGUUUUGUCUCACUAGUGCCGUAAUCUUAACUCCCAGCCAGAAAGAAUGGGCAAAGAUACAUGUCCAAACUUGGAUCAGACCAUACUUGAGGGGGCAGGGACAGAGCUUACAAUACUCUCAGACAGAUAACAAGAAAAAUCUUCCCCCGCCAUAAGUUUGUCAACAAUUAUAAACAAUAGGACACCAAAAGUCUGUCUGACAGACUUUUCUUUCUACCAUCAGCCAUACUUAAAACAUAGGUGUUCCUUGGGUGUCUUUUUCACAUAUGCCAUAAAAUCCACAGCAGUUCUGGUCAUGUUUGCCUAGGCUGAAGGACCAGAGUAUCUUGGCAUGUUUCUACAGCCCUUCUGUGGUUGCUCUUUUGUUGGCUUCUAUGAUGACACCAAGUUCAUUUUUGUGUGCCAAGCUCUACUACAGAUUUUGUAGUGAAUGCAUACAAAUACCCUAAAAUGGAAUGAUAACAGUCCUCCAUUCUGUAGCAAAGGUUUGCCCUGUUUGGGUCACAUUAGAAUUGAAUGUCUAAUGGGGAAUGCCAAUUCAUGUCAACAGUUUGUGGGGCUAAGCUGCCAUUUCCCAUGACCUCUAACGUAUAUUUCAGACUGUCAGAAAUCCCAGAAAUCGUUGCGGCUGAAUUCCAUAAUCUAGUAAGAGCAAAUGCUUGCUAGUUAGAUCACCUCCAUCCAGAUCAUGUUUACUCAGAAGCAAAUUUCACUGAGUUCAGUGGAAUUUAUUCUUGAGUAUGAUUAGUAUUGCAACCUUACGUUCAAACUUGAUGUUGGCUAUGUGCUUGAUUUUAAUGUUAGCAGCUGGAUCAGGGCUCCUUCAGAUUAAGACCAUAAUGGAAGGAGGGGGUUCUUUAACCUGCCCAUGACCAAUCCAGAUUCUCCCCGCCCCCCCGCCAACCAGUUGUUGUUUGAUGAGACCAUCCAAUGAGAGAGAAUCCUUUUGCCUAAAUAUAGCAGACCUGAUUCAGCUUAAAUCAAUUUCUUUUCUCAUUGUGGACUGGGAUGAGUAUUCUUUAGUCAGAUCAUGGAGUGACAAGCUCUAGAAAGCUCUCAUUUUUCUUAAACUUCCAAAAGCAUCUUUUAAUCAGUUUACUCACUCUAGAAGUCAUUCCUAGAAGACAAUGGCUGACAUAUCGCUUGGGGUACAUCAGCCCAGUAACAUUGCAUGCAUAUAAAUUGUGCAAACACAAGAAAUGUGCAAAUGAUGUUACACAAGAGUAAGUCCAUUGAAAAUGAACAACCGACAAGUAUGCCACAUUUCUGGGUUGAAAUGUACCCUUGUGUGAUAUGUCAGCCACGAUCCUUAUUCACACAUUAUAUUCACAAGUACACAUGACUGCUGAUCUGUGUGCAUAUACAGUUAUUCCCUUAUGUUCAGUGUGUGUAUAGUAGUACACACAAUCUGUACUCUAGAUUUUUGAGGCAUUCAGUCCCUGUAUGAACAUUUAAAAUGAAUAUACAGUCAUUCAUAGGAAAAUGUGUACAAGUUUGGACAGCUGUAUAUAUGUAUAAUAUAACAUGUAAAUAGCAUAUAUAACUCUUCUCCCUCCCACCACCCCAUCCAUUAUCUGGUCUUACCCUGUCACUGGAAUCAGCUUAAUUCAAAGUGGGCGAUCUCCUGAUCUGAAGCUUUUUUCAAUGGCCACAUGAUGGCAGCAUUUCCUAAAUAAAAAUCAUGUAUUUGCAGGAUCCUUCGAACAUGUGAUUCCCCUACCUGCAGGAAGACUGUACCACAUGCUUCUUCUGAACAUGUAGACAGAUUCUUAGACAUCCAGCAUGUCUUGCAGUACAUUCUCUCAAGCCUGUCUGUACAGAUGGGACAGCUGCCACCCUGCAGAAUUAAUCUCUGUUCAUUUCCAGUGAUGCAUGCCACUUUGUGAGCCACAAGAGUGGAAAGCAUCAGCACUCGCCUGUGUGCUAGGCUCUGUUUCGAACUCCAUGGGGUGGGGGAGCAGAUGGUGUGCCAAAUUUGGAAUGGAGUUGGAAGGGACAGGGUUAAAUCUGGCCACUGCUCCCACUCCAAGUGCUGCUCUCCUGAACCUGGUAUUUCUAAAGACACAAACUGUCAGGAAUCCAACACCCACCUUUGCAUAUAACAUAGCUAGACCUGAUUUCACCUGUAUCCAGUAGGCUGGGUGCAUAGCACCAGUAGUGACUGUUGUAGAGCCUAAGGGAGCACACCACCAACACUUCUGCAAAGCUCCCUUAUAGUGAAUCAGACCAUUAGCCCAUCUAGUUCAGUACUGUCUGCACUGACUAGCAGCAGUUCUUCAAGGUUUCAGGCAAGAGUUUUUCAAAGCCCUGCCUUGAGAUGCCAGGGAUUUGAACCCAGGACCAUGCAUGCAAGGCAUCUGCCCUGCCACUGAUCUAUGGCCUCAUUCCACUUCUGCCUCAAUGCAGUUAACAGUUGUGACAUUUUAUGCUCAGGUUGCAUGUCUCUCGCUCUCUCUUUCAACCAGUGCAGAAUCACAGAGAGAGAAGAGCUGGUCUUGUGGCAGCAAACAUGACUUGUCCCCUUAGCUAAGCAGGGCCUGCUCUGGUUGCAUAUGAAUGGGAGACUUGAUGUGUGGGCACUGCAAGAUAUUCCCCUCAGGGGAUGGAGCCACUCUGGGAAGAGCAGAAGGUUUCAAGUUCCCUCCCUGGCAGCAUCUCCAAGAUAGGGCUGAGAGAGAUUCCUGCCUGCAAACUUGGAGAAGCCGCUGCCAGUCUGUGAAGACAAUACUGAGCCUGAUAGACCAAUGGUCUGACUCAGUAUAUGGCAGCUUCCUAUGUUCACAGAAUGGGGCUGAGAAUGUGUAAUUCCUAGGUGCAAUGGGCCUGUUUGUUUGACAAGUGGAAAGAGAGAGAGAUCUUAGUCAAUUGACUAAUCUUAAUCAGUUGACAAAAGACUUUGACAAUUCUAAUAUUCUAGGUCUGUGAACAUUUUGGCAAGUUACCAGGCAAUGAAGAAGUGCCCACUGGCGGCACACAGCACCAGUAACUUCCCUUGUAGGAGGGCAGCUGUUAGUGCCAAUUCUCUGGGGAAAUCCCAAGGGGAAGGGAAUUUAAUCAAAUAGAGCUCAGAUAUGAUUUAUUCAUUUCCUUUGCUCUGAUGAAACACUUCCUGAAACCAAGGCAUCCAUACAAAAAACGUCCGAACAUUCCAAGUUCUGAAAGGAAUAAUAAAGUCGAAUUUUAAGUCACCCCCACCCCACCCCUAAAUGCUGCAACAGUAUGGCUUUGAGAACCUUCUAAGAAGGGAGGUUGUUUGCAUGGCCAUCUGAAGCAGGGAGCCAAGGAACGUGAGGAGCUCAGUACAGAGAAAGAAGUGUGGAGCGCUCCAUCAUAGUUCACCUCAUUGGGCAGACCUUUCUCCAGUCACAUUUUGCCCAAUAUCAGCUGCAGGAGGCUUAAAUCUUUGGAGUUUCCAGGAAGGGAAAGGAGAGCAGUUGUACAGUUCUGUUGUGUACAUGAUGUAUGCAGUUCUGUUUGUUUUUUUAAAAAAUAUUUUAAUAAUGAAAAAAAGUACUGUUUUAGGAAUGUUUUUAGGGAAACCUGUAAAUGCAGCACCUCUAUUUAUUUUGCCUUAUUUUACUUUGCUAUUUUUGUGUAUACACCACAUUUCAGCCACGACUAUUGAGACUGCACCAGGGCAUUGUGAGCAAGCUGGAUGAUGGACUUGGCAAGUCUGGGACAGGCUGGAGGAGGGUUGGGCUCCUUCCCUUUCACUCAUUUGGCACCAUGAGUGGGGCUGUGCUGCCAUUGAAGUGCAUGCCGUCAUGCCCCGAAGGGCUCUAUUCUCCUUUCAUUACUGUAUUGUGCCAGUAGCAGCUCACCAAUUGGACAACCGUGCCAAAGUAUCAAGACCCACGUAUAAAACAGUGCCACCGGGCACAGCUUCCUGGUGCCUGGGAGCUUGAUGGGAGAGGCAGGUCCCUCCAAGCAGAGGCACGUGGUCAGAGUAUCUGAUCUUUCCGAUAAGUUGAAGGUUCACAACUGUUUCUCACCAUGAUUUAUGCAAGCAUGUGAGGUGCAUGCACAUGGCCACAGUCUUUAUCCCAGCUAGAUGAGAUUGGCUUAACUAAUACAUCCUGGUUUCAUCAUACUCAAAACCCAGUAACAGGUUACUGGCACUGUUCUACCUACAAGUACAGACGUAUAAUGGAAGAAUGCCACCCUUUUAAGAGAGAACUAAUCUGCCUUAAGUGCUCUUGUGUAGGAUCCUCUGGAGUGUCCCCUCCCACAACGGCAAAGGUGGCUGGUGUGGGGGUCUGUCUUGCUCUUCUAAUGCUUUGGUGUCUCCUCAUUUGUUGGUCAAUUUAAGACUAUAAAUGAAUUAAAUGUACAAAACUUGUAGUGUCCUUUUUAUCUGCACCUUUUUAUAAGAAUAUAAUGUAAUACUAAAAAAAAAAAAUUAAAGAUAUAUUGCCCCUA